AUGUCCUACUGCCGGCAGGAAGGAAAGGACUGGAUUAUAUUUGUGACCAAAGAAGACCAUGAGACGCCAAGCAACACUGAGCUGGUAGCUGAUGACCCCAAUGAUCCCUAUGAAGAACACGGUUUGAUACUGUCCAAUGGAGACAUUAACUGGAAAUGCCCAUGUCUCAAGGGAAUGGCCAGUGGUCCCAGUGGAGAACAGUUCAAGUCGGCCUUCUCCUGUUUCCAUUAUGGCAUAGAGGGAGUCAAAGGUUCAGACUGUGUGGAUCAGUACUGGGCCAUGCAAGAAUGCAUGCAGAAGUACCCAGACCUCUAUCCCCAGGAGGAGGAUGAGGAAAAAAUGAGUGAGGGUGUGGAGGGGGCCGCAGCAGCAGCCACAGCCACAGCUUCUGAGGUAUCUCCGACCAAAGAGGAGGGCUCCAGCGCAGAUGUGCAGGUAUAUCAGGCAGCCUCUGAUUCUACUAACAAGACGAAGGCAGAGAAUGGUUAUCAUUGUUCCUUUACUAUUGAGAACACCCUGGUUGAGGGUUCCUCUGUUAAUGCCCGUUCCAUCUUUGUCAGUUCAUACAAAAUGCCCUUGGGAGGUGGAGACUGA